UGGAAAGUGGCAACGGGGUAAAGGCGCCUGCCGCGGCUUCUGAGCGAGAGGGAUCGCCGGGCUUGUUCGUGGCUGCAGCAGGAGGAGGAAGAGGAAGAGGAAGAAAGCACACGAGCAAGAGCCGUCGCUGGCCAUGGGGCGAGUGCAAGGAGGGAUGCGCUGCGUCAAGUUCCUGCUCUUCCUUUUCAACUUCAUCUUCUGGUUGGCAGGUUCAGCUGUUAUCGCAUUUGGGCUAUGGCUGCGGUUUGGAAAUGUUAUAAGAGAUUUAGCAACGGAUGAGGCCUCCCCAGAAUAUUUUUAUAUGGGACUGUAUGUACUGAUAGGAGCAGGAGUGCUGAUGAUGGCAGUAGGAUUUUUUGGAUGCUGUGGAGCAGCACGAGAGUCUCAGUGCCUGCUUGGAGCAUUUUUUACUUGCUUGCUGGUGAUUUUUGCUGCUGAAAUUGCUGCAGGAGUUUUUGCUUUUCUGGGCAAAAAAACGGCUGUCAACGAAGUCCAAGCUAUCUAUGAGAAAGCUUAUGAAAACUACAUCAAUGAUCAAAGCAAAAAUAAAACACUCAUCAAAUUUCAUGAUGCGCUUCAAUGCUGUGGGAAAGACAGUGACGUUCAAGUAAAACCCACCUGUCCAAAAGAUAUUGGAUCGUCUAAAAACUGUCUGACUGAAAUAGAGACUCUCCUUAAUUCAAAUCUUCAUUUACUUGGCAUUGUUGGGAUUGCAAUUGCUGGAAUCACAAUCUUUGGCAUGAUCUUCAGCAUGGUCCUUUGUUGUGCAAUCCGAAACACAAGAGACAUGCUUUAGAACACUUCCUGUGUCACUUUAUUUUGAACCCAGGACUGAAGGAAAAGCUGCAAGAAGUGCUUGCCCACUCAACUUAACAACUGUAAUCCAUUUUUUUAAUUAGGUGUUAAUCAACUGACAGAAAAGGGGAGUAUUUGUCGAGUUCAAGAGUUUCCUGUGACUGCAUUUAAAUUUUUAAAACAAUUAUGACAUCAGCAAGUAAGAUAGACUAACAAUGCCUUUUCAAGACCAACAGUGACAUCUAAAACUAAAAUUUAUUUGAAGUAUGACUUUGCACAGCAAUGGAGGAAUAGGCCCUGUAUGUAUGCGUGCUUGUUUUGGUGCAGGUGCACUUAUAGCUGUAUAUACAGUCUCUUUGAUUGUAUGUAUGUUUUGUCCGUGUGUCUAUAUGCAUGCAUAUUUUUGCAUUAUAUGUAUUAUGCAUGCACAUGUGUGUAUACAAACAUACACACACACACACAUACUUGGGUACAUUUCUUGAUACAAAGUUUUUCACAAUGGAAUCCUCUUUACUAAUCAUUUUUGGAGAAGCAGAUGCCUGUAGAAAAAUGAGUACUCGCUCCUAUUUUCUUUCACUCUUUGGAAUGUCCCAUUUAAGAUAAUGUCAGGCGGGAAAGAUCAGGACCACAUGUGAAGUUGCAGUUAAAGUUAUUUAUUAGAAUUCUUGCCUAUGCACAGGAAUCUACACAACUUAUAAUUAGCACUGCUCUUGCCUUAGAUAAGAAUAGUCAAAAGUUCAAAAGGGUUACACUUAGUCUAAUUGUGGGUACGUAAAGAUUCUAGGCUGAUUCCCCUUUUGACUCUGCCCCUGGGUUUUGCCUCCGGAUAACUAUAUUUAAAGAAAUGUGUUCUGCUUCUAAACAGCUCUCCCCUUGGAAGAUUGUGUGUGUCUGUGUGUGUGUGAUUUAUAUAUUUAUAUACAGAAUUAUUUAUAUGAUAGAGAUUGAUGGGGAACUCACUGGCCUUUUUAAAGAAAAGCAGAACAAAACCCAAGAGU